AUGGGAGGAUGUUCGUACGACGAAAGAAUUUGGCGGCUUGGGCUUCAAACGACAACGGACAACGAGGCACUGUUAAUGAAACUUGACUGGCAUUUCCUAACGAACUGGGAUUCAUUAUGGGUGGCUGGCCAUAAGAGACCCUUUGACAUGGUGGCUGGCCAUAGGAGACCUUGCUCGGCGAUUUUUCAAUCUGUACAGAAGAUCUGGAAGCACGUAGUUUGUGGGUCCCGUUGGGCGAUACGGAAUAGCGAAAAGAUAAAAUUUGGGUCAGAUAAAUGGCUGCCCUCCGACUACAAUUUGCAAUCGGUCGCUACGGGCGUGAUCCCGACAAGUUUAAUCGACAAGGAAGCCACCGGCAGAAUAAAGACUCGGCGGAAGCAGAAGAACGAUGACCGUCGGGAUUCGGAAUCCGCCGCCGGUCCGGUGGAAAACGAAGUGCCGGAAAGAGGGAAGGGGAAGAAGAAGAUGGAAGAGGUUCCGGAGCCUUCUUCGGCGGCGGUGUUGCCGGAUUUCCGGCUGAGAAGGGGCGUCUCCGGUGGCGGUGAUAGAUGGCCAUCGUGGCUAAACGACGUCGCUGGGCAAGCCAUUAAGGACUGGAAACCCCGCCGGGCCAACACAUUCGAGAAGCUCGAUAAGAUUGGGCAAGGUACAUACAGCAAUGUGUAUAAAGCCAGAGACUUGAUCACUGGAAAAGUGGUGGCACUAAAAAAAGUGAGGUUCGAUAACUUGGAGCCUGAAACUGUGAAGUUCAUGGCUAGAGAAAUACUCGUAUUAAGAAGGCUUAAUCAUCCAAAUGUAAUUAAGCUCGAAGGCUUAGUUAUUUCAAGGAUGUCAAGUAGUCUUUAUCUUGUUUUCGAGUAUAUGGACCAUGAUCUUGCUGGCCUUGCUGCUGUACAAAGUGUCAAGUUCACGGAGCCGCAGGUCAAAUGCUAUAUGAAACAGUUGCUUUCCGGUCUAGAGCACUGUCACAAUAACGGAGUGCUACACCGAGAUAUUAAGUGCUCUAAUUUGCUAAUCGGCAAUGAUGGUGUUUUGAGAAUAGCCGAUUUUGGGCUGGCCUCGUUUUACGAGCCAGAGCAGAAGAGGCCAAUGACGAGCCGUGUUAUAACACUGUGGUACCGCCCACCCGAGCUUUUGCUUGGGGCCACUUAUUAUGGGGUGGGUGUUGAUUUAUGGAGUGCUGGGUGUAUUCUUGCAGAGUUGCUUGCUGGGAAGCCAAUACUGCGUGGAAGAACAGAGGUUGAGCAACUGCACAAGAUAUUUAAACUAUGCGGCUCACCAUCUGAUGAAUAUUGGAAAAAAUCUCGACUACCAAACGCAACUCUUUAUAAACCUCAACAACCUUAUAAGCGAUGUCUGGCAGAGACUUUUAAGGAUUUUCCGCCAACUGCGCUUUCUCUUUUAGAAUCUCUUCUUGCCAUUGAUCCCGAUGCACGAGGUACAACAACAACAGCAUUGAAUAGUGAAUUUUUCACGACCGAACCAUAUGCCUGUGAACCUGAAAGCUUACCUAAAUGUCCUCCCAGUAAAGAAAUGGACAUCAAAUUGAGAGACGAAGAAGCUAGAAGAAAACGAGGUUUAAAUGCAAAACCUCAUGCAACGGAUGCCAACAGACGAACGAGAGCACGUGACAAGAUCAGCCGGGCAGUUCCUGCUCCAGAGGCUAAUGCAGAGCUCCAAACCAACUUAGACAGAAUGAGAAUUAUGUCAGAUGCAAAAGGAAGAAGCAAAAGUGACAAGUUCCCCCCACCACAUGAGGAUGCAGCUGUGGGCCACACGUCAUUCGGAGUUGCUGAUACUUCAUUUGCUUCAUCCAUUUUCGACCGCAAAUCCUCAAGAUCCCUAAGAAGUACAAUGACCUCAAGGAGGAAAAAACAUGACAAGGAGCAGCCAAACAGGGCACCUUCUAGAAGCUUCAUGAAUGCCUCUCUCAUUUGGGAUUUCAGGUUCAACCGAAGGCGAGCUGCCUCCGAGAAUUUCAGGGAAAGGAGGUCGUAA